CAUCGCUCUGCACUGCGGGCGCCAUCCGCACCACCGGCCAUGCCCUGGGCCGCGCUGCUCGGCCUUCUGCUAGCGCUGCUGCUGCUGCUGGUCCUGACCCGUCGGCGCUCGCGGCGCCCUGGGGAGCCUCCCCUGGACCGGGGCACUGUCCCCUGGCUGGGCCACGCCUUGGAAUUCGGAAGAGAUGCCGCCAGUUUCCUCACGAGGAUGAAGCAGAAGCAUGGUGACAUCUUCACAGUGCUGGUGGGGGGCAGGUAUGUCACUGUCCUCCUGGACCCUCACUCCUAUGACGCAGUGGUGUGGGAGCCGCGUGCCAAGCUGGACUUUCACACCUAUGCUGUCUUCCUCAUGGAGCGAAUUUUUAACGUUCAGCUUCCGGAUUACGACCCCAGUGAUGAAAAGGCCAGGUUGAAACCGACCCUUCUCCACAAGGACCUCCACGCGCUCACGGAGGCCAUGUAUACUAACCUCCGCACUGUCCUGCUGGGUGAUGCCACAGAGGCGGGCACUGGCUGGCAUGAGAUGGGACUCCUUGAUUUCUCCUACAGCUCCUUGCUCAGGGCCGGCUUCCUGACCCAGUACGGAGUGGAGGCGAUGCCACGCACAGAUCAGAGCCGGGCCCAGGACCGCGUCCACUCGGCCGACAUCUUCCAUACCUUCCGCCAGUUCGACCUGCUGCUCCCCAAACUGGCACGUGGUUCCUUGUCAGUGGGAGAUAAGGACCGUGUGAGCAAGGUCAAAGGUCGUCUGUGGGAUCUGCUGUCCCCUUCCAGACUGGCCACCCGGGCCCACCGGAGCGCCUGGCUGGAGAGUUACCUGCUGCACCUGGAAGAGAUGGGUGUGUCGGGAGAGAUGCAGGCCCGGGCGCUGGUGCUGCAGCUCUGGGCCACACAGGGCAAUAUGGGUCCCGCCUCCUUCUGGCUCCUGCUCUUACUGCUCAAGCAUCCGGAGGCCAUGGCCGCUGUCCGUCGGGAGCUUGAGCAAGCCCUCCAGAGCAUGGAACAGCCCCUCUCACAGAUGACCACCCUCCCCCAGAAGGUCUUAGACAACAUGCCAGUGCUCGACAGCGUGCUGAGUGAGAGCCUCCGGCUCACAGCUGCACCCUUCAUCACACGAGAGGUCGUGGUGGACCUGACCAUGCCCUUGGCCGAUGGGCGGGAAUUCUCCCUGCGACGUGGUGACCGCCUCCUCCUCUUCCCCUUCCUGAGUCCCCAGAAGGACCCAGAAAUCUACACAGACCCAGAGGAAUUUAAAUUCGACCGAUUUCUGAACCCUGAUGGAUCAGAAAAGAAAGAUUUUUACAAGGAUGGGAAGCGGCUGAAGAAUUACAACAUGCCGUGGGGCGCCGGGCAUAAUCAUUGCCUUGGGAAGAUUUACGCCAUCAACAGCAUCAAACAAUUUGUGUUCCUAGUGCUGACACAUUUCGACCUGGAGCUGACCAAGCCGGACGUGGAGAUCCCUGCGUUUGACUUCAGCAGAUAUGGCUUCGGGCUCAUGCAGCCAGAACACGAUGUACCCAUCCGGUACCAGGUUCGGCCAUGA